AUGGGGAGGCUUUUCCUAGCUAUGGGGAGAACUCUAAUUGAUGUGCAAAAAGGAAAACUUACCAUGAGAGUCCAAGAUGAGAAGGUCACCAUUAAUGUUUUUAAGGCCAUGAGAUACCCAGCUGAAAUAGAAGAAUGUUCACUCAUCUCUGUGGUGGAUUCUUUAGCCACCAAGGUCAUGGAAACUAGCCAGUAUGAAGAUCCGUUAAAAAUAGUUAUGUUGUAUGAGCCAAACAAUGAUGAAGAGGAGGAAUGCUUAGCUUGGUUUGAAGCAAGUUCUCAAGGUUUGAAAACUAGAACUUGGUUUGAACCUUUGGAGUUGUCAUCUCAAGUUUUUAAAGUUCCAAAGCCAUCUAUUGAAGAACCACUUGAGUUAGAGUUGAAAGCUUUACCAUCACAUUUGAGAUAUGCAUUCUUGGGACCUUCAUCUAAACUUCCUAUAAUAAUUUCAGGGAAGUUAAGUGUUGAACAAGAAGAAAAGUUGCUAGAUGUCCUGAGGCAACACAAGAAAGCUAUUGGUUGGACCAUAGCUGAUAUUCGUGGGAUUAGUCCUUCUCUAUGUAAGCAUAAAAUUAUGUUAGAAGAUGAUAAAAAGGGGUUUAUUGAGGGGCAAAGAAGGCUAAAUCCAAUUAUGAAAGAAGUAGUGAAGAAAGAAAUCAUAAAAUGGUUAGAUGCUGGAAUUAUUUAUCCAAUCUUAGACAACUCUUGGGUCAGUCCAGUUCAAUGUGUUCCAAAGAAUGGAGGAAUGACUGUUGUGCGGAAUGAAGACAAUGAAUUAAUUCCUACAAGAAUAGUUAUUGGGUGGAGGAUAUGCAUGGAUUAUCGCAAGCUUAAUAAUGCCACCCGAAAGGACCAUUUUCCUCUUCCUUUCAUGGAUCAAAUGCUUGAUAGAUUGGCUGGGAGAGACUAUUAUUGUUUCCUGGAUGGCUAUUCUGGCAAUAAUCAAAUUUUUGUAGCACCUGAAAAUCGGCAUAAAAUAACUUUUACCUCCCCUUAUGGGACCUUUGCCUUAGGAGGAUACCUUUUGGGUUAUGUAACGCACCAGCAACCUUUCAAAGGUGCAUGA